ACAAUAUUAGGGUUUCUUCCCCCUUCCCUGGGAUCGAGCAGCAGUAGCACCACCAGCAACACACAAGCCGCAGCCGCGUAGCCACCCGCCAGAACACUUCAAUGGCUUCGGAGAGGAAGUUAUCGAACACCAUGAGGGAUAUUAAGGUGCAGAAGCUCGUUCUCAAUAUCUCAGUCGGUGAGAGUGGAGAUCGGCUUACAAGAGCUGCCAAGGUGCUCGAGCAACUAAGCGGCCAGAGCCCUGUGUUCUCUAAGGCUAGAUACACUGUGCGUUCAUUUGGAAUCAGACGUAAUGAGAAGAUUGCUUGCUAUGUCACCGUUAGAGGCGAGAAGGCUAUGCAGCUUUUGGAAAGUGGGUUGAAGGUUAAGGAGUACGAGUUGCUUCGCAGGAACUUCAGUGACACUGGAUGCUUUGGCUUUGGUAUUCAAGAACACAUUGAUCUUGGAAUCAAGUACGAUCCAUCCACCGGUAUCUACGGUAUGGACUUCUUUGUUGUCUUGGAGCGACCAGGAUACCGUGUGGGGCGUCGCAGGAGGUGCAAGUCUCGUGUCGGGAUCCAGCACAGGGUCACGAAGGAGGACGCCAUGAAGUGGUUCCAGGUGAAAUACGAGGGAGUUAUUCUUAACAAGUCUCAGCAACUCACUGGUUAAGUUUCAGAGGGAUUUCUCAAAUAGAUGGAGAGUUAUUUAGUGUGCAAGUUAUAAAAUUUUGUGCUUUUACCAUUAGCCUGACUGAAGCUCUUUAUUAUUGUUUUUUUUUCUUUGGAUAUUUUUCGGCUUUAAUGAAGAUUAUUAGAAUCAAUUUGAGAACAUUUUAAGCUGU